UUUUUUUUACCUUUCUACUUAUUACUACAAACUAUAAAAGAAUAGUUUUUAUUUGUUUUUAUAUUCGCAAAAACAGCACAAUAGGAAACAAUCGUACAAUCCUAGCGCUCUUGAACGUUCCCUGGUUUACUCUAACGCCGUUCUCGUCGUUUCCUUAGAGCUCUCACAUGAUUGGUUCGUCAGAGCGCAGCGCUGCCGGAAAUCGUCCCGCCCCCUGCUCGACUUCCUGUUUUCUUCUGCAAACCCACGUGUGUGCUGAUGUGCGCGCUACAGAUUAUAAUACUUCAUCGAGAUUUAGCGAGAUAUAGACUCUGUAAGUUGUAUGUAAGUGAAUCGCUUUUAUAUGAAAGUGAAUCCUGAGAGAGAGGAACUGGGAGUGUGUGAGCAGUGAGCAUGUCUACAGGAGGUAACGGUUGUUAUGGAGAAUAUUCCCGAAGCUUCGGCACAGAGAGACUCCCGGAGAGGAGACGCGUUUGAAACACCGGCGUCUGAAAGUGACUCUGGCGACAGCUUGUUUUUUACUCAGUCUGUGAGUUCACCUUCAAGGACUGUUAAAAGACACCGUCCGUCAUUUACACCGGCAUGUCCCUUGAGUCAACAAUCAGAGGAUGAGCAGGAGAGAGAACCCAACCCAAACCCACAACAUAAAGGGGCGAGGCCGAGGAGCGACUCUGACAGUGAAACUAAUUAUGAUGACUUGCUUCGGAAAUGGAGAUCUCUGGAAAAUACACGGAGGAGGGUUAACCGUCGGCCUCGCCAGAGGAGUCGGAGAGCAGCUCCAAAGAGGUUGUGGUUACCUUUUCUGUCUAGCUUUGGACAAGUUCCUGCUCGCAGAAGCCAAACUAUAGUGAAUUCAGAGAUCGGUGGGUUCUUGAAAUGCGUAUUGAAGCUAAGCAAAGGAAGCGGAGAAAAAGGACGAAGGAAACUGUCUCCAUCUGUUUUGUCAGCUGAUUCAGAGGAAAAUAAUAUGGAAGAGAAUGAAGAUGAUGAGGACAUCAGAAAAGUGAAUCCAGAUUGCUUUAUUCAGAACACACACACAAGAAACCGACAACCGUGGUUACCGUCCUUGAAAUGGAAAAAGAAAGACGCUUCAAGAAAGUGCACUGAGAAAAGCAACAAACAUCAAGAAGACAAGAAGAAAUGCUAUCGGACCAGAAAAGUUGCUAAAGACCUGAUGGCGCCCCAAGAUGACACAGAUAUACAUAAUGAGAAUGAAUCAUUAAACAUAGAAGUUACUCCAUCCAGAAAAAGGGGUAAGAAGACCAGAAAGUCUUCUGCUAGGACUUCUCUCUCACCGUGUUCUUCACAUUCCCGUCUUUCCCCUGACAAAUCCCUAUUUAUUCGAAGUCUAUUUCUGGAUCAUCAGGAGGAACAUAGUGAGCCACAAGUUCUAGUGGCAUGUUCACAAUCACAAUUCCUUGAAGCCCAGGAAAUUUAUCAAACUUUUGAGAACUGGCAGGAACCAAUUACUGAAGUAUCCGUUGAGGAGACGGACCAUGAGGAUGAUGACGAAACACAGAUUUUGGAUGAGAACCUUAGGGACCAAAACAGAGGGGGUAGUACACACUGCUCGGAGAACAUCUCAUUCCAGGAGCACCAUAACCAAGUUGAGAAUGUCAAUCCAGGUGUGUAUCAUGAGCCAGAAAAAAACGAAGAUCUGGGUAGUAUUGGUGUAGGUUUUACCAGCUCACAGGAUCUUUUCCAAGAACCAGAUAAUCAACCAAGCCCUCUUAGAAAGAAUUGUGAUAAAAACAGUAAUGAAGAAAACUUGGAAAGCAAUGUGCUAAUACAGGAUAGUAACAUAAAGAAGCAAAAGAGACCUUCAUUAAUUUUAUCAAAUGUGGAGAGCACCAAUGUUAAAAAUUCCAAUUUUCAGAAGGGUCAGUCGAGUGAAACAAGCUCACCAACACUCAGAGGUAUACACAAAGAACGAAAAGAAAAGGACAAAAAGACAUCUGAUCAUAGCAUAGAGCAUUCAUAUCCAUCACUGCCAUUAGAGGAUAAUGUAUCAGGAUCCAGAAGAAAUGAUUUCUCAAGUCCUAAUAAGGAUGUUCUUAUGGUUGGUAGGGAAGAGAAGACCGAGACCCCACUGUUUAUUUAUGGUGGAAUGACAUUUCUAAAAAGAAAGAAAGGUAAAAAGACAAAAGCCCCAGAGGUCUCUGAUAACCCGCCACCGAUACAAGUUGAUCUGGGUAAGAAUGAAGGUUCUGUACUUCAGGUUAAUGACAUUGAGUGUAAAAAAAGAAAGAAGAUGAAAAAUGAUGGGCUGUUGGAGGAGUCAGUUGCCACCAUGAAGGAAAACAGUGUUCCUUUAGACCCAAGUCUAUCACCACAGGACUGUUCAGUGGAUUGUGCUUCAGGGAAUGUUAAUAAACCAAAGAAAAAGGACAAAAAUGGUGGGUUGUUGGAGGAAGUGGUCAAUCCCAUGCCAGAAAUCAGUAUAUCUGCAGAAUCAAGUCUAUCAGUUCAGGAAACCUUAGUGGUUUGUUCAUUUGGUGGAAGUAAACCGAAGAAAAAGAGAAAAAAAGAAAAAUAUGGUCAACCAGUGCCUCAAGUAGACCAAUCAGUUGAUGUAGAGGAGCCUGUGCAGGUUCCCUGUCAACAUUCAGCUUCUUUGCUGUCCAUAGUUGCAGAACCUGAGCAAAUGAUCAGUACUGAUCUAUCUAGUCCUAGUUUUAGUCAUAAUGUUAACCAAGUAGACAAUAAUACACCCUUAAAAGAUUUAGUUGAAUCUGAUGGGCAUGAAACACGACGAAAAAAGAAAAAGAAGAAAAUGGAUGGAAAAUGGAAAAGUCCUUUGACGUCUGAUCAGAUGACCGUUCAACAGAGUAGUCAAGAGUCUCAUUCGAGCCUUGGAGCCGAUACUGUCAAGAAAAAGAAGAAAAAGUUCAUACAUGAUGUUUACCAACUAAAAGAUAUGGCUAUGGCCAGUUAUAAUCAUGGAGAACCUUUGGAGAAAAUCUCUGAAAUACCAGCAGGCAUAGAAAUCCAGACAGUGGGUAGCAUAGGUUUGAAAAAGGAUGACUUUGUAACACCAAUAAAGAAGAAAAAAAGGAAGCAGGAACAAGUGGUCAGAGAAGAUAAUGUGGACUAUGAGGCAUCAUUGGUAAAAACCACAGAAGACAUGGAGAUUUUAGAUACUAUUCAAGAUUCUGAGCAGCAAGCAGCUGAGCUGGUUCUAACAAGCAAGGCAAAAAAGCGAAAAAAGAAAAAGGAAAGAACUGAAACAACUCAAGAAGAGGAGGCAUCUAAAAAUUCCUGCCUGUCUCUCGGACAUGGAGAUGUGGCAACACCAAAUACUUCAACAAGAAGUGAGGCUGGAGAGAUUGUUGAGGCAGACGUUCCUGGAGCAGAGCCAAUAAAGAAAAAGAAAAAGAAGAAGCGAAAAAAAGAGUUGAAAAAUGAUGCCUCGUUGUCAGUCUGUCACGACUUGGAAUAUUUGCAUCAAUCACCUUACCACAAUACUGUGGAGAAUGAAGCUUCAGGUAGUGGUGACAAAGAAAAUCCCUCAACAUGUUUGGAAACACAUUCAACAAAUGACUCCAAUAAAAAAAAGAAACGUGAGGGGACCAAAGGUGACGGUUCUAAAAGGAGCCAACAAGUACUGCGAUCAGAAGAUUCCAUACAGCCUAAGAAGAAGAAAAAAAAGAAAAAGCGAGAAUUGGUAGAAACAGACAGAGAAGUAGAUCCUGAGGUUGUUGAACAUGACUUUUGGCAGGAAAGUGGUUCUCCAUCAGAACCUUCAGAAGCAAUAAAUGAGAAAAAGAAGAAGAAGAAGAAAAAGAAGAAUAGAAGCGACAAAGUUGGAGGAGAGAGUGAGAGUUUAGAUGUUGCUCCAGAAGACCCAAAAGAUGUUUUUAUUACAUGCUAUGAUACAGAGGAUAAUAUUUCAUUCUCUGCAGUUGAAUUAUCAGGACAUGUUAAGAAAAAGAAGAAAGUAAGAGACUUGAUUAAUGAUCUAGAGACCAUGAGUGGAGAUAAACAAGUUGCUGUCUCUGAUAAGUUAAACUCAUGUUUACAGACACACAGUAAAAAGCUGAAAAAGAAGAAAGACCGUCUGUUAUAAAUUCAAUUUUUUUUUGCUUACAAAGUUACUUUUAAUUUAAAAUUAAGUUGAUUUUACUUUCGGAUAUGAAGGUCUAUUUUAACAGAACCACGUCCAUCAUAAAUACCUCAAAGUCUGAAAAGAUGUUGGUAAUUCAAAUCUUGGCUAUUUCUGUCAGUGAAUUCCUGUGUAUAUUUUUUUUAUUCAUUUAUCACUGCAUGUAAAGUUGAAUGAGUUCAUCACUUAAACUAUAACAUGUGUAAACAGAUUCCUCAUAAAUCUUUUUUUUUCUUAAGUUCAUAAUAUGAGAGAAACGCACCCGGUCAUGUUAAUCGGGAAACUCUUAAAAAAAAAAAAAUCUUAUAGAUUUUCCAUGUUGGAAAAUUUAGAAACCAUAUUAAUGUGAUGUAAAGGAUUGUAAGAAGCUCUAUGUUCGAAAAUAUUUGAGUGGUAAUGUACAGCCUCAGCUUUGCUUAAUUCUAAAAUAUUUUAUAUACAUUUAAAUAUUUUCUAGUUAUUAUUUUUAUAGUUAGUUCUUUAUUAUAUAGAUUUUUCCCAAGUAAAAAUCAGCUUCAACUAAAAAAAAAUAUAAUUAUAAAAAUAACUAUAGAUAACGUCCAGCCUUGCUGGAUUUUUUAACUUCAGCAUGCUAUUGAAAUCUGUCCUCUAUAGUACAGUUUUAAUGUUAAAAAGGUCAAGUGUCUCCCUCAUCUGGUAUGUGAAUUUACACAGAUGUAGUAGAGAUGUUUUUUUCUUUUUUAUUGAUUAAUAUUUCUGUGCACUGUUUAGAAACUGUAAUGGUACUUUUUGCUGCCAAACAUUGUAACUUAAAUUUUAAAAUGAAUUAUGUUAAUAAGAUUUGUUAAUGUACAUUUGGAGUAAUGUUUACAGUCUAUAAAAUAUACUUCUUUCCUGUGGAGCUGCAAAUAUCGAGUUGGCAAAUAAUAAUUUCAGUGAAAAAAAUAAGUUCUGAAGCAGCUACAAUGAUCUCAGGUCAUAAUUUUACUCUUAAUUAUGAAAUCAUAAUUUAGAUAGUUAAUGCGAACUUCAAACUAGAUAGUAGCAUGUAGGUCAAGAAAAGUAAAGAAGUGAUAUUGGAAAAUAAAAAAUGAGCAGUACUGUUAGCAUAACAAAAAGCACGUCAUUAAACAGAGAAAAAAAACACAAACAGCUAAAACUAGGACAUAAUACAAAGUUAGAGGAUGGAUUUGACAGCUUAUUAAACACUUAAAAGUUUAUUAAACAUCAGGAAGUUUAUUGGUAGAAGAGUGUAAGGUUUUGUUUAAGGAAUAAAGGACUUUGGAGCAUGUUGGUUAAGUAAUAAGUAACGGGGUGGUGUAAUGUAGCCCGAGCCAUAGUGGAGUAACUGUUACAAUCACAAAGUUAAUUAUUUUGUAAUAGCUGCUUGUAUUUAAGGUAAAUUUGCCAGUUAUUGUUCAUUUGUAUUAAGUAAUGAUUGCACAUUUGUAUUAAGUAAUUAAGUAAGUAAAGUAAAACUGAUUUGUUAUGUUGAAUGUUAUGUAACACCCAGGUUUUUUUUUUUUUUUAAUCUGUAAGUUAAUAUUUCACAUCUGGAACUUUGUGCUCCUGUUUCCUUGAAUCAAAUCAAAACAAAAGACUAGCAAUAUGUUGCAAAGCACUGUAACCUGGGUGAAGUAUUCUGUUAAACAGGAAUGGACUAGUCUUGGAGAAUGUCUUAACAGGAAGUAAGAAAAAGUUGAAACUGUGAGCUUAUUAUUUCCUCAUAUUUGGUGGAAACAAGCAUCCACUCCAUUCCCUUUCUUUUUGUGACUUGUUACUACAAAAUGUAAAUAAUGUAAUUUACUGUUACAAACUAAUCUACAUUAAAAAAAAAGGCUGUCCCUGGAGACUCCUUGGAAAAAAUUGUAAACAUCUCACAAAAAGCUUGCAUAUAUUUCCAAUUGUGUGUUGUUUUAAUCUGUUGAUGUGGAUGGUUUACCAUGAAUUGACAGUAGACAAUUCUGCCCAAAACAGUGGGUGUAGAUAACAAACUAAAUGGGACUGAGAACAAAACCUUGGGGGAUUCCUUGUAUUGCUGGGUUUGUGGUUGCCUAAGGUUUCUGCUUGCGCAAGGAAACAAGGUGUUGUCACCCCUGAGCAAUAGGAACUGAAUGAGGCUAGUAUUGUCUGCUAAACCUGUUCUUAAAAGUGGACAUUUGUACCAAAAGGAGUGUGACCUAAUUGUAGUUCUUUUCUGUUUUUAAUGUUCACCUAUUCUUUAUUUAUUAAUUGUUGUAAAUGGUGCUUAAGUAAAUUAUGUAUACAGUUU